GUCUCCACGUUCCAUCUUUUGCAUCAUGUUCAAAACAACCCUCUUUCAGCUUUUCAGUGCGGCCAUCUCUGUCAGCGCACUCUCAUCUUCCAUACCAUGGGAAAAAAAUGGCACAUUUGGCCACGAAACCCUUUCCAUUACUCGCAAGAAUAACGGAAGCAUUCUCCGCCUCAACAUCCAGAACGGACCCAUCAAUCUGUAUGACGCCAAACUGGGCACAGACAUGACCACUCUCCUUAACAGCCUCAUUCCCUCCAACAUUCCCUCGAAUGCCAAAUAUCCACCUCCAAAAGUGAUAGUCUUCUCCUCCGACAACCCCGACUUCUGGAUGGGUCAUUAUGACCUUGAACUUUUGAUCCCCGGCAGAACGAACUUGACUACGGACGAAACCAAUGCCCUUUUCGCUAACGCCGUCGCAACAGCCCGCCUCCUCUCCACACUCCCUACGAUUUUCAUCGCCGAGAUCAACGGCCAUGCUACGGGAUCUGGCAACGAAUUUCUCGUCCAAUGCGACAUGGCCUUCGCAGGCCCAAACGCCGUUGUUGGUUCUAUGGAAGUUGCAGUCGGGGGUCUGCAAGGCAACGGUGGGAUCCAGUUCUUAGUGCGCAAAUUGGGCAUGGCGAAGGCUGCUGAGUACCUCCUAGCCGCCACCAGCAUCGGAGCACAGGAAGCGGCGGACAUGGGCUGGGUUAAUCGUGCUUACGGCUCUGCGAAAGAGUUGCGGAAGGCUGUUGAUGCUCUUACUUAUCGACUUUCCAUCUUGCCCGCUGGGGCGCUGAAUGGGACGAAGACGGCUAUACGAGCCUUCGGCCCAAAUGUCGGGCAGAGUGAUGCAGAUGUUGCGACUAUUCUGCGACUGUUUCCUGAAGAAAUCCCUCUUUUGCCGAGGUUUUUGGAGUUGACGGAUAAUCAGACGGCUAAUGCGUUUGAGCUGGGAGCAUUGAGAGAUAUCAGGGAUGUUGAGAAGGCUGAGGGGUUGGUCUGAGGAGUUACGAAAAGCUGCAUUGGGAGAUUAUAG